GGGACGAGAGAGAAGAUAGAGAGGGGGGAGAGUGCUGGGUGGAGAGGCGGAAGGGAGCGGAGAGUUGGGGAGGAUUGAGCUCGGACAGCGUGCAGUUGAAGCGGGGGAGAGUUCAGCGAGGUUGGAGAGACAGCGAGGGAGGAGGAGGAUAGAGCUCAGGGAGAGUUCGGGGAGCGUUGGGGAGAGGAUGUGAGCGGCAUGGCCCUGGUGACCGUGCAGAGAGCCCCCAGCCCCCUUCCCGCUGACAUCUGCCCCGUGGACGAGGAGGCGGAGAGAGAAGACGAAGACCGAAAGACAAACUUUAGCGACAGCUUCCUGACUGUCAAGGGAGCGGCACUGUUUAUCCCUGGCGGGAACAGCUCGGUGGGACACCAGUUCUCCCUGCGCUGCCACAAGGAUGCAGAACAUUUGCAGCAGCACCUGCAGGCGAUGUUUAGCCACAUGCGGCCAGAGGACACCAUCAUGCUGGCGGCACACCUGGAGAGCGUCCACCCGACGCGCGUGCGUUACAUGACGCUCGUGUCAACUCACGGGAGCCGCAGCAUGGAGGAAGGCUUCAUCAUGGGCCUGGACUUCCGCGACAAGGACAGUGCCAAUUGCACCAUCGGCCUGGUCCUGCCCUUGCUGAGCGACACCAUGAUCCACCUUGACGGAGACGGCGGCUUCAGCGUGACCACGUCAGACCGGACCCACAUCUUCAAGCCCGUGUCUGUCCAGGCCAUGUGGUCCGCCCUGCAGUGCCUGUACAAGGCGUGCGAGCAGGCGCGCCAGCGGCACUACCAGUCCGGCAGCCGCUACGCACGCUGGCUCGCCUCCUACGCACGCAAGGUGGCCUCCGAGCAGAGCUGCCUCAACGAGUGGAACUUCAUGUGCGACCUCGAAUCCCAGCGGCCAGAAUCGCCAGCGCUCUUCCAGGACACGCCCACGGAGAGCGUGUGCACGGAGCGGCAGAUCCGGGCCACACUCCGCGAGAUCAUGGCCCAGUGCGACCUCGAGAGCGUCACCUCUAAAGAGAUUCGUAACAAGCUGGAGGCGCAGAUGGGUUGUAACCUCAAGGAGUACAAGGGCUACAUCGACAACGAGAUGAUCAUCAUCCUGGGCCAGAUGGACAGCCCCUCGCAUAUCUUCGACCAUGUGUACCUGGGGUCUGAAUGGAACGCAUCGAGCAUCGAGGAUCUGAAGAAGAGAGGUGUUGGGUACAUCCUGAACGUGACGCGGGAAAUCGACAACUUUUUCCCCGGCGCGUUCGAGUACCGCAACGUGCGCGUGUACGACGUGGACUCGGUGAACCUGCGCAGCUACUGGAACGAGACCUACAACUUCAUCUCCCUCGCCAAGAGCAAGGGCUCCAAGUGCCUGGUUCACUGCAAGAUGGGCGUGAGCCGCUCGGCCUCCACCGUCAUCGCCUACGCCAUGAAGGAGUACGGCUGGACGCUGGAGCACGCCUACUCGUACGUGAAGUCGCGGCGCGGCGUCGUCAAGCCCAACUCGGGGUUCAUGCGCCAGCUCGAGGAGUACCAGGGCAUCCUGGACGCCAGCAAACAGAGGCACAACAAGCUGUGGCGCUCCCACUCGGAGGGAGACAUCUCGGAGCACGCCACCGACAAGGACAUGGACCGCAGCUUCACCCAGGGCGCGAUCGAGAUUGACGGCGAGGGGGAGGUGGGCGAGGCGGCGCCGGCUCCGGAGGGCGAGCACCCCGCCAAGCAACAGCAGCAGCAGCAGUCGGCUCCGUGCCCCCGGCAGCCGUCGCCGCAACUCCUCGCCACCGAGGGCGGUGGCGCCGCGACGCUCGCCCCGGCCCCGCGGCCCAAGUCGUGGUCCCCGGACGUGUGUCCUCCCCACGUGACGCCCUUCCAGCUCAUCCGCACCGACUCGGACCCGUGCGCGGCCUCCCCCACGGAGCUCGCCGGCGGCAGGUUCGACCCGGGCCUCCCGACCUCCGAGCCCUGCACGCCGACGUCCCUGGAGAUGGAGCGGCGGAGGGCGCCGUCGCUGUCCGAGUCGCGGAAACGCACCUUCUCUUUCGAGCUGCCGACGAUCCACAUCGAGGACAUGGAGCGCGACGCCCUGGAGAGCAGCAGCGACGACGACUUCCACCUGGCCGCGGAGAUCCUGAGCUGGGAGCCCAGACCGUCUCCGCCGGCGGCACCAGAGGGCGACGAUCCCUCCGCCGCGCCGGCCGACGCCGCGGCCGCCGGAACCGCCGGCGACCCGCCGCCGCGGCGGUCCCCCGGCGCUCGGCCCGCUCCUCUGGCGGUGCUGGCGGCCGACGCGCGCCCCCCUGUCCCCGCAGACGCCGGUGCUGGGCCCGUUCUCGCCGGUGCACGCCGCUCUGCAGCCCCAGACGGCGUCGAUGGCGGUGAAGACGCACCGCGGCCGCAUCGACUUCCUGGCGGUGAUGGAGCGCGUGCGGUCGCUCUCCGAGGAGGAGGAGCUCAUGUCGCCACCGCUGCGGCCCGAGAUGGAGAGGAGGGCAGCCGGACAGGUACGUAUGCCGGCGCCUUCAGACCCGUGGCCAGGCGCGUGCCGCUGAACCGGUCCAAGGAGGUUGGCGACGAAGGGGAGCAGCCCUCCCGCUCGUUCCCCAAGCAGACGUCGUGGAAGCCGGUGUGCGGGCAGGUGCGGCGUCGGGCGGAGCUGAUGGAGCGCCGGUCCGGGUGCCCCGACGGCGCGACCGGGGUGCCAUCGUCCGGCGCGCCAGGCGAGAUUCGCCGGCCCCUCUCGCUGUCCGAGAUCGCCUCUCGCGACGCGUCGUUCCGGACCACCAUGGAUGAGGAGGAUGUGUUUGACCCGUCGCCAGUGGCGACGGAGCGGCGGCACCGUGGACUGCGCCACCAGCAGUCGAUCGCGCAGCUGCAGCAGGCGGGGCUGGUGCGGCGCACCGCGGGCCGGUGGUCGGGCACCGGGUCGGCGCCGUACCCUGAGGAGAACGAGGAGGAGGGCGGCGGGCGCGACACGGCGCUGCCCGGCGGUGAGCGAGCGGCACAGGAGGUCGCACCACAGACGGUCGCCAGCAGGGUCCAGAAGCUGAGCGGAGGAGAGAGCGGGGGCGGCGACGGCGGCGAGGACGGGGGCGACGGUGGCGGCGACGACGACGACGGUAAGGCCUCUAGGCCGAAGAUGCAGCACCAGACCUCCAUCCUGCAACUGGCGGAGGCCGGGCUGGUGAGGAAGCAAGCCAAGGAGCUGCAGAAGAAAAUGAGCUCUCCCCUUAGCCCCACUGCUCCAGCCGGUUUCGACUCAACUGCGGUCGAGGAAGCCGGCGCCGGCAGUCCCGUCACGGCCGUGCCAGAAAACGACCAACGGCAGAGCCUGGCGGCGGUCGCAGAAGAGCAUCCCAGAGUGGUGGCGCAAGCCGGCGCCCGCACAGAGCCCGCGGAAGAAUCCACAGGCGCCCCGGAACGGCCCUGCGUGGAGUCGGUGCGGCCUCCGUUUAACGCCGGCGCUCCGCAGGACCGCCCUGUUUUGCCGGCUCGGCAGCCGAUUGCAGACGCGAGCAUCUGCGGCCUCAGUGAGGCUGUCUCCCCCCACGAGCGCUCGUGUUCUCCCGACACUGCGCGGGCCGCAGUCUCCGGGGCCGGCGAGACCUCCGCCACCGCUGGCGAGCCCGCUGCCAGCGCCGGCGACGUAAACGAGGGCCGCUCUGUGUCUCCCCGUGGGCCUGGUGGCCCGGGCGAGUGGCACACGGGUGACACGGACGCCCCUGGCCGGUACAGCGAGAAGUCACCGCCCUCACUCGACAAAUCUCCGGGCGGGGCCGAAGACGGCACCUCCAGCCGUGACCUUCUUACCCAAGAGGCUACCUCAGCCGAGACAAUGCCACGUUUGCCUUUCCUCCACGCCCAAACCGGGGACUCCGUCUUGGCAUUCAGCGGGGAGACUGUUUUCUGCAGCAGCCCUUCUGCGGAGUCAAAAACUCCGAUGCCUGGCGAUCGGAGAGCAACAUCGAGAGUUGGAAAUGUGUCGAACGCCGGCGACCCAAGGGCCGGUUCCGGCGCGUUCUCUUCGGAGCCGAGAGUGGCUGAGGAUGCCUGCGCUGUGCCAGAAGUGCCGAAGGAAUCCCCGGCUAAGGGUGCCGCCGCAGAGGAGGAGGAGGCUCUGCCUCGGAGGCCGCGCUCCCUGCUCACGUCGGCUACGCAGAGCUGCACCGACGAUGUGGCGGCGCCGGCGGCAAAGCCCGCGCCACGGAGGAGACGGCAGCGCUCCAGCUCCGCUCGUCAGCAGCAGGAGCCACAGGAACCGGGCCCGCCGGCGCAGCCGGGGACCCAGAGAUACGACAGCUUGUAACGUCACGAGCAUCUCGCUUGCGGCGGCUGAAGACAGACCAAACCUCCUGACUUGCUUCCCUUUUUCCCAUUUGUUGAUGAUGUAAACCCGUGCCUUGUAGAUGCGCGUUGGCGCGCGGUUCCCACCGUCGAACGUUUCGCGUUCCUCGCCACGCACAGGCCGGACGGCGUCGGUGGCCUCAAGUGGCCGGCGCUGACCAAACCCACCGAGCCACAUUCCUUCGAGCAACUCUCUGAGCUCCAUGCGCACUUUACUCGAGCCUGGGAGACCGCAUUGCAGGGAUUUUCUGUCCUGUAGAGUUGCCGCGGUAUGGUAUGUCAUACGACGUAAAGGCAGAGAGCAAAGGUGCAGUUCCACAAUGUCUUCCCCAUGCGACUGCUAGCGGGAAGACCCUCCCCUAGCGGAGGCCCUAGAGAGUGUACACUAGAUGUCUUGGGAAGAUUACCGACAAUUUAGCCCGAUCAUAAAAUACAAGUUCCGCGAUAAUCGCAGAAUCUGUUUUGUAAAGUAUUGUGAUUAUCGUGGCCUGUGUAAGAAUCGUUUCAGAUUUUAUA